GGGUAGCCGUCGGCGAGAGGUGGCGGUGGUUUUGUACGGUGAAGAAAAGAGGGGUUAAGUGAGCCGUGCCGGGCCGUAGAAGCGAGCUAGCGGUGGCGCGGCCCGUGCUCGUGCCAUAGGACCUCUGCCAAGCAAUAGUGCGUUCGUUUACAAGAUGGCAGACGGUCCGUCCGCGGAAGACGCGACCACCGACCUAGGGGACUGUGAUUUUCGUUUGAGGAGGGAGCGACACAAACGUCAAGACGCCCCGUCCUCGAUGACGUCCUUCGGCACGGUUCAGGACACCGCGAGACGCAUCAACGAAGACGCUUCAAAGUUCGAGAGUCAUCCUUAUCAUCGACUGCAUCAACAACAUCAACAUCGUCCUCCGCGUCGCAACGGUCAUGCUCAUUCUCAUCUUUCUCGUCGGCAUCCGGGUAAUGCCAACAAUAAUAACAACGGCAACAAUCAUCAUUACCAUCGUCGCGAGAACGACGACGUCGUGGUCGUCGUAGAUGGUAGCGAGCGAUUUGGGAAAAACGAGAGUGGAAACGGAGCUGGUAUCGACGCGAUUCGCGUUCUUUCGUUCGCGUCGGCGAACCGGGAGGAUUACGACGAGGACGAGGACGAGGAGGAUACGUCGGUGGAUGAGAACGGUGAUUCGAAAAAGUGUCGCGUUGUUCGUAUCGAUGUAACAAAGACGGUGAAGAACGGUGAAAACGGGAACGGUGGCGGUAAUAGUAAUAAUAAUAAUCGGAGCAGUGGUGUCGAGGGUGACAAUGCCUCCUCCGCCGACGGCCGACGCUUGAGGUCUGUGUUCCACGACUCGAAUGCAACGAACGACAACGGGGACGCGUUACAGAAAGUGAAUCGUCUUGGAUGCGAUAACAACGAGACCGAGAGAGGAGUAGACGACGCUGAAAAGACAGACGACAUUGCUAGUGAUGGUAGUAGUAGUGAUGGUAGUAGUGGUAGUAGUGGUAGUGGUGCUGCUGCCGCCGCCGCUGUUUCUGCUUCUGGUGCCGCUGGUGUUACUGCAAAUGGCCUCGUCGCCGCCAGGCAUCAGGGCAGCCCUUUCAAGGGACAGGUUAGGACGGCCGAGGACACCCUCGUCGGCCCUUGUGGGAAGAAGCGGUGCGCCGAUCGAUACGACAGCUCCGAGAGUUCUGACAGUGGAGUCGCAGUGUCCUGUGGGGAUUGUAGUAGCAGCGGUACCAGCGACAUCACGGAGCCGGGGUCUCCGUGCAGCACGAGCAGCGACGAAGGGGUAGCGAUUCGUGGCGCGUCGGCCAGUCCACUUCCGUCCCUACCCAAGCUGGCGCCGUCCUCGCAGAUCGGUACCAGGCCCCAGUGGCCCUGGACCCCGCCUCUGGCCGCCACCGCCUGCUCGACCUACAAAAGGCUCAAAGGCGAGCCCGAGGCUGGCGCCUUGCCGAGGUCCGGGGCCGCCGAUCCAACCUCCAGAGGUACCACCAAAUCCAACAAGUCCAACGUCGCUCAUCAUCACGAGACGCAAGGGAAGAUCACUGAGUACUUCAAAACACAGAUCAAACCACAGCAACCCAAGAUCAAGAAGAACAGCGAGGCCAUGUCUGUGCUGGUUUCGAAGAGCUCGUCGGAGUUCAGGAGGCCUCCAACGGUCCAGAGAAACAAGGGCGGUUUAGCGAAGUACCUGGGUACUGUUCCGUCGAACGGACGGAACAACUCGACCAACGACUGGGAAAUGAGGACCGUGGCGAUGUCACCGCCGUCUACGAAGAAGCCGCCAGCGGUAAUCGUUCCGAGGACUAAUGGUAAGAUGGACAAGAAGUUGACCAAGCCGGUGCCCAGUUUGCCGAUUUCGAACGACGUCUUGAAGAACAUACCCAGCUGCAAAAUCUCGUCGUUAAGGUUAACGUCCGAAACGAUCACCAACUCGAAGAUAGCGCAACCGACGCCAAUGCCACCCGUCACACCGACCAGCCAGACGGUACCGCUCGACUUCAAGGGCUGCAUCACCUCCAAGCCGCACGUCAAUGAGAACAACAACCUGACGAACGGUUGCGGAAAGCUCCUAGGCUCGUUGAGGUCCAGCCAAGACUUCCUCUCGAGGCUGUCUGUACAAAGCACCACCGAGGCCAAGGAGACGAGGGUGAGCCGCGCGGUUGAGGCCUACGUCGAGGAAGAGGAGGACUCCUCGAGGAGCAGCGAAUCGAAACCGUCGCUGUCCCCAAUACUCUCCGCGCCCACCACCAUCAGAUUCCCAGCACGGGAACCUGGAAAGGACAGGCAACAGGCCACCGACAGCGGAGUAUGUCGAUGGGACAAGUGCGAGGAGAGCUUCGAAUCCAGCGGAGGACUUCUGGAACAUCUGCAGGUUGCUCACAUUAACACGCAAACGGGCGGCGACAAUUUUGUCUGCCAGUGGCAAGGGUGCAAAGUACAAGGGAGAAGUUCCUGUUCGCGGAGAUGGUUGGAGCGACACGUACUAUCCCACGGCGGAAACAAACCCUUCCGGUGCAUCGUCGACGGCUGCGGCAAUAGGUUUAGCUCACAGACUGCUCUGGAGAGGCACGUGAACGGACAUUUCAAUCAACCUGAAACCAGCAACAGCAGCACCAAACGAAGCUGCGAGAGCGGCGGAAAGCUGGUCAGAAGGAAUGGCAAGCGGCUCAGAUAUAGACGACAACCCUGGUCUGGUAAGUCGAGAAUUUUUGACUACUUCGACACUGGAGUGAUGGAAGGUCUCCAGCACAGAUUGCUCCAACUGGCAAAGUCGAGGACGCAAGGCCGUCUGGCGGAGACACCGGGAAACUCGAUCGCCCUCACUAGUCGAGUAUUAGCCCGAAGAGUGGAAUUGGAUGGGAAGACUAGAGUCCUGUUGCGGUGGCACCCUGCCGAUAUCAAGCCGGACGAGUGGGUGCUCGAGACCGAAUUACAAAGCACCGACAACGUCGACAUACGCAAAGUGUCAGCUACCAAUCCGGACGAGGUGAGCCUGGCCCUGUACGCGGCGGUGAGCGGCGGAACGCCCCCGUUGACGCGGGUCAAGCAGCGCCGGAAACCGGUGAAGAACUCGUGAUAAUGUCGAUCACGGUGAUCGAGGACAAGCGCGACGAUGCAGCGACGACUAAGCCAGAGAACGAGUUAGGGAUGAGUCCUGUAUCAGGACGAUUGUGCUUCCUGGUCUGUGUGGGGAGGAGCCUGGCGAGAGAAACCGGAACCUGAACGUGUCCAGAGGAAAACCGGAGUAAGACGUGUCCCGAGACCACGAGAACAUCGUCGGAGAAGAAACCGAUCACGGACGCGUCCGUGACGAGCUCCAGGAGUUCGCGUACGCGGACGAGGAGGAGGGACGAGCAACGGACAAACAUUGGAGACGUGAGAGUGCACGAAGAUGAAAAAGUGGAAUACAUACAUUCUAAUUUAUUUAGCCUAAAUCCAUCGGCCGUUAGGUAAAUAUAUAGUAGUCGUGGAUAGCGAUGAAAGAAAGGAUAUUCUUGUUGCCUAUCGAUACCAAAUUAACUCAAACGUUUGGGGUCGUAUCCUGCCACGAGUGCCUGGUUAUCAUGGCGACACACACUCGUCGGACUCGGAAGAGCUAGGCUUGGGCCUCAAAAGUGCCUCACCGUGGAUGCGUUUUAUAUCGUUGACCGUCGUGCAAGACCAAUCGUAGACUGCGGAGUUGAAUUAAAGUGGCGGAGAAAAAUAUUUAAAAAAAAGAAAAAUAAAAAAAAAAUAAAGAACACGGCGAAGUGGAGAUCAAUGACGCAAAACGACGACGACGACGACGACGAGGAUUUUACGUACGAAUAACUCGACGCGUUAAAGUAAAGCAAAUAAAAAAAAAAAAAAAAAAAAAAAAAAACGUGUGAGAGAAUCGAACAAAAACUGUUUAAACGUUAGUUAACGACUGUAAGGAGAUAAUCACUCUGGUGGCCUUAGGAAUCAAUUAAUAUCUAGCAACGGCCCCUUGGCUGCUUCCGGGCCCUGUUUAAGUACCCCGUGACAGAAGCCAGAAGAGAAGGGGUGGAGAAGGGAGACGCGAAACGCGCGUACUUCUUCGACACACCCUCGACCCUCGACCAACUUUCAGAAGGAGAUGUAUCUACCUCGAUCUUCGGCUCGGUAGAAAUUCGUGCUGGCCGUUGUCGUGCGACAGGGGGGGGGGGGGGGCAGAGAAAAAAGGAGAAGGAACAAGCAAAGGAACGAAAAACGAGGGGGCGUGCGUGCGUGGGUAGUAUCCGAUAACGAAAUCACACACGUGUAAAGAGAGAAAGGAAACGGGAGAGGAACCAUUGGAGGACGAGCAGAAGUCUAUCGACGAAGAACACACAAAGUCGUUGACACGAGAACACAAGAGAAGGACGGUCAACGUUCUCGCCAAGGAACCCGCAAUAGCGAAGACAACAGUCGAACGACUCGUACGCCAAUCGAGAUUUCUAUCGAGACUUAUCCGUUUACUUCCCUUUCGAGAAGAGGACAAUGUACAAAAUGAAAAUUAAAGAGCAAAGGAAGCGUGCUCGCGGCCCGAGGCACGCUCGUGAGCAUAGAAGCUUCGGGUCUCCCUAGGAUUCGAGCUUGCCUCGUUCAGAGCCCUCGAGAGGCGCGUUUGAUUUCGAUAGUCGCCUAUUUUUAUCUUCCUGCCGAGUUACGUGCAGCAUGUCGAUGCGAGCGUGUCGCUGCGAAUACAAUAAAAAUCGAGCGAUCGUUUCUUUCUAUUCGUCCCUCGCGUUUGUGUACCGCCCUGCGUCGCCAGGGAAUCGCACAUCGGAGAAACCAUCUGUCGGCGUUUUUUCUUUUUUUUUUUUCGCGAAGUUACCAGAGAGGAGUCGUUCAUCUUUGGACACGGCUGCCGUUCGAGCUUUACAGUCGGUUCCCAAACGGAGGAGGGAUCCGAACGCGUUGGAAACUAGCGAGGAUCAUCGCGAAGGAAGACUCGACGAGAACCUAACAUCGUCGUACCACGAGUCGGAGAUACCUGCGUGAAAAUGAAGCACACACUUCCCGGAUACGUGGAGGAUCGUUGAAACCGAUUAUUCGGCAGCGAGAGCGGACGGCGCAUCCGUGCUGUACGAUUCGUAGACGAGGAGCUGUUAAAUCUGAAUA